ACUCAUGGCUGCCAUUUUGUUUCAGCUUCUUCUGAAGUGAAAAUAAGUGUGCGAUCGGCUUUCUGCCGGCCUAUCUAUGCCGUAAUUAUCUCGAAACCACAGAGUUGUUCCGUUAUUAAAUUCAUGCUAUUGCAAGAGGUUUCGACAUUUAGGACUUUAGCGAAUCUGUUGUUUUACUUUGGGUAGAAGUGGUUAUCACGAUCGUUAGCAGCUAGCUAGCUAAACAAAAUGGCGGCGAAGUCGACACAGCCAGCCCAAACAGCUAACUGGUCGUAUGGUUCCAGUUCGGACACCCCAGUUCACGAGAACCCAGAAUGGGAGAAGGCACGACAGGCGCUGGCCUCCAUCAAGAGCCCCAGCAGCACCAAGAGCUCGCAGGCUGGCACGCAGGCUGGCCAGUACCAGAACCCGGUCUCGGACCCCGUGGUUCUUCAGCAGCAGCAGUACUAUCAGUGGUACCAGCAGAACCAGCAGCAGUACGCUGCCUACCACUAUCCCUACAAUUACUACUAUACCAUGAACCCUUAUGGAGGCAGCUAUCCCCAGGGCCAGUAUGCCGUUCCAGGAACCUACCAAACUUCCACAACCCCAACUGGUCAGGCCCCUCCCAUGCCUAUGCUGGAUGACCAGUCAUCGGGUUACCUGCCUCAGUCUCAGCCGCCGCCUCCAUCUGCCCCACAGCCGCCCCCCCAGAGCCCCACCUCCUCUGAGCAGCCUCCUCCCCCACCUCCCCCACCCAUACCUCCUCCCCCCAACUCCCAGUACCCCCCACCUCCUGGCCAGGCCACUUAUAACCCCACUGGCAUGUCCUACCCCUCCGGAGAUUCCAACCAGAUGAGGAACUACGGUCAUAGCCAGACUAGAGCUGGCUACACUCCAGGCUACCAGGCCCAGGCUGCCUACAGUGCUGCCCAGAGUAAUGCCCAGCAGCAGCAGCCGUGCCAGUAUGCGGGGGCGGCGGGACGAAACGAGCCUGCCGGCAAGAAGGGCGGCAAAGGCGGCCAGCAGCUGUGGCACCGAAUGAAGCAGGCCCCAGGAGCUGGAGGAGUCAAGUUCAAUAUCCCCAAGCGGCCAUAUGUGAUGGCCAAUCAGAACUUCUCGUCUGACGAGCACGAGAGUGGGCUGCCCAACCCCAUGGCGGUGACUCCUCAGACCCGCCCCCAGGACUGGCCGCAGGCCAUGAAAGAGUAUGUGCAGCGGUGUUUCACUGCCUGCGAAUCGGAGGAGGACAAGGACAGGACAGAGAAGGUCCUGAAGGAAGUGCUGCAGGGCCGCCUGCAGGACGGCACGGCCUACACCAUCGACUGGAGCCGCGAGCCGCUACCUGAGAUAAAAACCAAGCAGUCUCGUUGGGAGGCGGUCCCAGCCCAGCGUCCCGCCGAGACCUCUGUCGGCCGCGGGGGCGGGGCAGGUGCAGCCAGCCGGGGCAGAGGCGCCAGGCUGGGUCACUACCGCAACGUCUUCUCACAGAGGAGCCCCUCAUCCAGCUCGUCCCGCUCCUCGUCACGCUCACCCUCCCCUGCCUCCCACGGCAGGCACAGGGACAGGGGCAGCCAGAGGCACAGGCGCAGCUGCCACUUCUUGCCCCGCAGUGACUCCGGAUCCCAGUCGGACAGUAGCAUGUCCAGUGACCUCCGACCCCAGCUGUCCCGACGCAACCAGAAGGGCGGCAGAGGUCGAGGGAAUGACCGAGACAGGGCCAGAGGCGGGGGAGGAGCUAAUGAAAGAGGCAGAGGGAGGGGAGGACGAGCCAACAGGGGGCGCAAGAACGUGGAUGAAACUGGGGGUGUGACUGGGAAAAAGCGGAAGGGUGGGAACGCCGGUCUGGAUUUCCCGGAUCCCAACCGGGAGGCAAAGAAACAGAGCCGGGCAGCGCGCUUCCACACCAAACUGCGCACUGAGCCCCUGGUGCUCAACAUCAACUCCUUCGAUGUGCCCAAUGGCAGCCAGGAGGGGCUAAGCUGGGAGGACUGCCCCAUCGUGGGUACCUGCCAGGACAUCACCAAGAACUACCUGAGGUUGACCUGUGCCCCUGACCCAGCCACUGUGCGCCCUGUGCCGGUCUUGCGGAAGUCACUGAUGGCGGUGAAGACCCACUGGCAGACUCACCAGGACUAUCCAUAUGCCUGUGAGCAGAUGAAGUCCAUACGGCAAGACCUCACUGUCCAGGGUGUUCGCACAGAUUUCACAGUGGAGGUGUACGAGACCCACGCCCGCAUCGCCCUGGAGAAGGGAGACCAUGAGGAGUUUAACCAGUGUCAGACACAGCUGAAGGCACUCUACCGAGACUGCCCCUCCAGCAACGUGGGCGAGUUCACCGCCUACAGGCUCCUCUACUACAUAUUCACCAAGAACUCCGGAGAUCUGACCACCGAGCUGGUGUACCUGACCCCUGGGCUCCGCGAGGAUGAUUGUGUGUCCCACGCGCUGGCGCUGCGCGCUGCCUGGGCUCUUGGCAACUAUCACCGCUUCUUCCUGCUGUACCGGAAGGCCCCGCGCAUGGCUGCCUACCUCAUCGACAAGUUUGUGGACAGGGAGAGGAAGCUUGCUCUGCGUGCCAUACUCAAGACGUUCAGGCCAGCCGUGCCGCUUGAGUAUGUGCAGUCCAGCCUGGGCUUCCCCUGUCCAGACUCCUGCCUGGCCUUCCUCACAGCCCUGGGUGUCUCCUUUCUGCCCUCAGAUCCCAGCAAGAUCGAUUGCAAAGCCAGCUCUGCCUGCUUGGCUGCUUCCUGAGCGCGGGGAUGGGGGUCGGGGGGUGACGCAACUCGGGGAGGGAGCUCCGCCAUUUCCCGGUGGCUGAGGAUAGGGAGUAAAGGCGGUUAGCAAGAAGCUGAGGGAGACCACGCAGUUUCACUGGGGAACCUAAGAAGAGGGGAAUGAGUCAGAAUGAUGCGUGCACAGACCCUAGGUGGCAGCCUCAGUAGGGGGCGGAUAUCUGGGGAGGGUGGAUCCCUACCUGGAUGAGUUUCUAGAGAGAGGAGGCAAGGUUUAGCAUGCGAGAGAUUAUGAAACACACAGACCAUCCAGGCAGUGCUGUCAGAACAUGGCAGAUCUCCACUGAGCACAAGCAGCGCUAGCCCUCUCAGAGUCGUAGGCAUUUAUAUCAGGGCUGUCUCCCAAAGAAGUUGCACACAGGACAGAGAUUAGGAGAGUUCAGUGUGGGGGGGGGGGGGGGGGGGGGGGGGGGUCUGGGAUGUAGGUAGUCUGUCCAUCCCGUGGUCUUCGCAGAAUUUUAAGCUAACAGUGUUUUAUGUCAUUUCUCCUUCAAGCCUAACAGGGGAAGAUGUAUCUGAAAACCAAGAAAAAAAAAUUAGAAUCACGAGCCAUUAGAGGCCAUCAGUGCAGACGGCUUCCCUCAGCGCUGUCACCUCACAAGACGGCCGCUCCGCCCAGCCCAGGUGCGAGCUCAAGCCUCACCGCGACAUACUCUGCCUCGCCAUGAAAGAAGGCGGCUGCUUCCAAGAUGCCAGUGGUUAGUAUGUCUUGCUCCAGCCUGGAGACGUCUCUUAAAGUCUUGACUGAGAAAGCCGAGGAUGAAGAAUCUCUGCUUUUAAGCCACCCCCGCCCCCACCUUACUCGCGCCAGCUGCGGCCCACUUUCAUUGGGCAGAGAAGCCCGCCCAUCUCCAGUGAGAAGCAAGUCAUGCCACGCCUGCUCGGUGGCUCAAGGCCGUCCUUUCCAGAAGGUAUCCCAGGAUCUGUCAUCACUGAAACCUCGGGAAUGAGGUCGCUCCACCCCUUCGCUUCACGCCUGCUGCUGUGACCCCAGCUGUGUGGGUGCGGUGGUGUGAAGUGUGGCGUUUGUGUGCUCCCCAGGGCUACUGCAGCGUGCACGUAUGUAUGGCUGGUAAGGAGGGGACUCUGCGUGCACACGUGUGAGGCUGCUCCACCGACACGCACCACGUAGUCGAGCCCCGGAUGAGCAGGACGUACGUGAUGAGGCCGAGGUGUCUGUGUCAUGGGGGCUAGAGAGUCGCUCUUUGCUAGCCUGUUUAAACCUGUGUGCUAAUAAAGCUGAACCCACCCCACACCCGUGCACAAUAACCUUUGAUUUGAAAACUCGGGUCCACUUGCUUUGCCUUUAGGCUUAACGUACCGCCUCCCUGGUCGUGUGCUCGUUUUUUUCACGUGCACUAAUGUUGUGGUGAAGGGGGUGUCUUGCUGGGCUGCUCUUACAGGAUUUCGGCAGCAUUUCUACUUUUUAGUGAUUCAUGAAUUUAUUAAAUGGAAACCGAAGCGUUGUUUUUGGGUUCUGUAGUGAAACUCAGUCUUAUCUAUAUCGACUAAUGGUCUUUAAUGAUAUGGUAUUAGGAACCUGUGGAGGCUUGAGGUGCCGAUUUGUGGCAUCUCUGUUGAGCCUGUUUGCAGAUCACAGGCGACUUUUAGGUGCCGCCGAAGCACAUGGUCUCGUGCGUCAGCGUGAGCCGAGCUGUCUGUGCCGCUGAGGGCGGUGAUGGGAUCCUGCAGGCCGAGGCGUCAACACAGCCCCAAAGGCCACUCUUUUAAAAAUGUCCUUUUUAGCUCUCCUUGGGGGGCCUUUUGGAGCAUCAUCACUGAGCUAUUUAUACCGUCGCGUUAAGGGAUCCUGUGUCGCAAGGAUUGGGGCCAUGCAUGUGUCUGAUUACUGUAAAUUAGUUCCUUUCUGUACAUUUAGCAUUAUUUCUCUUGUACAGGUUUGAAGUAUGAUUUUUCAAUUUACAUUUUUACAUUUUAUGCUGCUGGUAGGUUUUUGGGUUCUCUGCUUACAAUUGGGUAAGUCUGAAAGGGAGCAAAUGAUGAUUUUGCAUGUUUUCUUUCAGCUGUAGGCAGUGAAUUCAGAAAUUUAACCCUGACUCCAAAUACCUGUUUCUGUAUUGUGUGUACAGCCUUAGAGUUAACUUGUUACAUGCUUUUGAUAUGCUUGUAAUGUCAACUGUGCCAAAACAAAGCUAUUCAUAUCUUGGGUAACUGCUUUUAGACCUUAGUUUUAUAUUCUGUGCAUGUGGUACAUAACCCGCUGCGUGUGUCAGUUUGAUGUAAAGUUCUGCAUUUUCUUUAAACCGUCACUGUCCUCUGAGGAUUCUGUUGCCUCAAUAAAGGGUUAACAUGCAUUACCUAUUAACUUCCCAACUCAACCAGGCUGGCUGUCGAUGGACUUACCUGAUGCCUGGUUCUUCUAGAGGGGUAGCCACCAGUAACUCUAGUUACUCUUAACCUGCUAGUUAAAAAAUACACAAACUCCCAUUAGCAGCAGGGUAGUGUGGAGGAGAGAUGGCCUUCUUACCUCUGGUGAACAGGCUUCUGUUUUGGUACAGUUGUCAUAAAUGUUCUGUUACUGAAUAUCAUAUGACCCUCAUAGCCAAAGAAUCCACAGAAGGUAACGUGAAUUUUGCACUUCACUGCUUAGUGCUGUGGUGCUUUGAUGAUUUGGACACAGGCAUGUUCAGUUGUCCUGGGCUUUCUGACGUGAUCCGUCGCGGUGCUGAAAGGUCCGCGUGCACGUCCCACACGCUGUUCUUAACAUCCAUGUCUUUCCUGUCCAUUCAGUAUUUUCAAGUAAAAUCAUCCAAAAGACUUUCACAAUUAUGCAGUUAAACUUUCUGUGCAAAGUGGUUUUCCCUCUCAUCCUCUGGUCAUAUCUAAGAAAGCUGAUUGUCUUUGUCCGCCAAUGUACUUCACACAACGCAGUUUCCAAGUGCAGAACGUUCAGGCUAUUAAGCAUCCCAAGAGGAAGUCUGUUUCCAAAACCCGACUCCAUGCCAAUCAAUAACAGAACUGCUGCUGUAGUACCUAUUUGGGUGAAUACAUGGUGUCCUGCAGGUGUGUGUGGAUUUAUCUUGUGUUGGUUUUUUUCCCUUUUUUUUUUAUUUUUUUAUUUUUUUUUUGGCCGAUGUUUUAUGUGACCUGUAUGCCCAGGUAUGUCAGACAUUGGGUUGUUUUUAUUGAUUUGUGACAUCGUCUCACUGUUAACGGGUAUGACUCAAUCUACCAAUUUGCAGUGUGCUAACCUUUCUGUGGUCAAAACACCAGUGUGCCCUAGAAAACGGAUCAUAAAAACCCUCAUGUUUUUCCAAUACAUCCUCUUGGUUUUGAGGUAUGUUUGAUCAAGCCUUGUGAGGAUGUUUUGUAAGCAAAUCCGUGCAGCUCCGCAAAUGUGAAGUCUGGGCUUGUUCAUACUAGCAUUUGAUCUUUGUGCAGUGCAGUGGUGCAUAUUGUUUAGGUGAAGCUGUCUGUUAGUCUGGUAAACAAAGGGUUCAUUCCGACUCGGUGCUUGAAAGGUGGAACGUCUUUCUCUGUUUCUCAUGAGCAGAUGUUUUCUUUCCCCUCCCUGCAGUCCUGAUAGCAGGAGCAAAGCACUUGGAAUGUAUGGGGAGAGAGCUUUUCAAUGGCAAGAAGCCAGCUGGAGAGGAGAGAAUGAAGACUGGCCCAUCAUACAAGUCAGCUUCUCUUGCCUAAACCGAAAUGUCAGGCUUUAAUUCCGCAGAGAAUCUGUUCUGAUGUCUGUUUGUAUUCUCACUGCUGUGGAAUGUGUACACAUGUUAGCCAAGGGUGUUUAAUAUUCUCUCUCAUUGUGUAAGAACAUGUUUCUACGCAAAGGAGAUCAAAGCAUUUUACCAGCUUUGAUGCAAAUUUUUGAGGAUGUGGUCUCAACCAUUUGAAGCGUCAUGCCUUAAAGAAGCUCCUCAGGUGGUUGCAUGUGAAGUGGAGUUACAUUCAGUCAUCUAAUGGGUUAUACUGUAAAUCCAGAGAUAUUUGGGGGCCAGAUUGAGUGUUAUAAAUUCAAUGGGUGAUGUGUGCUGGUUUGUGCUUUACUCAUGUUGGAAUUUCCCACAACCAGUUUAAUUAAGUUUUUUUUUUAUUUACUUUUGAUAGGUUAAGGUAUUGUUUAUAAAUUUAUUAUAGAAUGUGACCCUUUCAGAGCAUUGUAUGCAUAUGUUUGUUGGUAGUUAAUAUAGGAUCUUCCAUUUUCAUUUGCUCAAGGUAAUGUGUUAAGUAAAAAUCUGGUGGCAUGUUUAGUUUGGCAAAUAAUCCCUGGAACAAAAUUGUAUAAUCGGUUAGUCAGUUAUAUGUUUUAGCCUCAAAUAUAUUUGGAUGUACAGUGGCGUCUUGUUUUGGACCAGAAAUGAAGACACCCUUGGGUUUCUGUGUGAUACAUGUUUCUGCAUGUGAUAAUUUUAUGCCGGUUCUCCUGGGUUUUGUUUAAUAGUUUCUCAAGCAAAGUAAAUUCCUGCUGAGGCUGUUUUGACCUUAAUGCUGGUCUGUCUGCCCCUUUUUCUUGUGUUUCUCUAGGAUGUUUCUAAGGCCCAAAAUGUAAUGUUACAACAUCUAAAAGUCCCCGUGUCUUAUGGGCAAACCUUGUUUAGCUCAGUCGUUUGUAACUGCAUAGAAUGGUCCUGUUUCACAUUUAGUCAUGUUUUGUUGAGGGCAUAGAAUCCCCUUAGUAUUGAUGAGGGUAAAAACAAAAAUCGAAUGUCUUGGCCCAUUUCCCUCCUUUUUACUUGAGAUUUGAGUUCCUCUUUUUUUGUUGGAUUUGGUGAUUCUGCCCAACCAAACACAUCCCCUUAUCCCAGAAUAACAAAGUGUAACUUUGAACACUGCCUUUUUGAGUGUGAAUAUGAAAUGUUCCUUUAUAAGCUUUUGUGUCAGUAACUAACAGUCAUUUUCCUUCAUGAAUGCUCCUCUCCACAAGUAAUGUCCAAGGAUUUACAAGGUCAUCUAGGUUUUUUUUUUUUUAUUAUUUUUUUAUUUUUUUCCCAUUCUGGGUCUGAAAUGCUUUCCUAUGCCGUCUCCUCCUCUACCCGCUCCGCUACAUCUUAAGCCUAGAUAGAUAUUUACAUUUUUUCUCCAAUUCUCUCCCCUUCUGUUUUUUUUCUUCUCCUAAAUCGUUAAAUGUUGCUUCCCUGUAAAUAAUUGAUUAACUAUUUGGUAGGUGAGUGAGUGUGUUUGCUCCUCACGGCAUCUGGUUGUUUGAAGAUCACCUUCCCUCACCUGCUCUUUCCUCAUCUCCCAUCCCCUGCUUGCCUCUCCUCUCCCUGUUUCCGCUGGUCUGUCCUGUACCCUCUCCCGCUAAGCCGAAUGUUGCGGCCGCACGUUUGUUAGUAAGUAUCAUUCGAAUGCUGCUUUUACCGCCCGGUUUCUCUUGCAGCUCGGCAGCUCCCUCUAAAGGAUGUGACAUGUCUCCCUGCUCUCUUGCUGGUGUUGAAUGAGAAGGUAUACUGCUAUUUUGUAAAUACUGGUGUAAAUAUGUAAUUUAAUAAAACUUGGUUUUGGAAA